CGGAACAGCUCCUUCUUCCUGUCGUACAUUUUCCCCUUGUACAUUGCAGAAAUGUGGCACAAACAAAAUGGGAAGAGGCGUUUGUAAACUCUGCCCAGGCCCACAGCGUGCAUCAGGAGCAGGGGCCAGCACAGCACGUAGACGACCGAGGAACACACUCUCACGAGGAGAGCCAUGUUGUCGACCCUGAUCUCAGUCAGCACAGCCACAAGUUAAACACGAGAACACAAGUGACCGUGCUAUGUCCGGUGUGCAAUUUCAAAGUAAAAGCUCAAUACUCCAAACCUAAUAUCUUAAAAGAAGUUGUUGUUGUUGUUUAUCUUGUUGAUGGUUACCAUCUUGUUUUGCUCGUGUAGUAGUGUAGUGUAAGAACUAUCUCUGUUAACACAACGAGGUUGUGACUACAGUGGGCUAAACAAAGAAACAAAGCAAUCAUUCACUGUUCAAAAUGUUUGUCAUUGUAGUAAAACCAUUACUCGUUACACUCAGGCAUUCAAACAUUAUGUUAGAGUUUUGAAGGCGUUCACGACCAUUUUGUAAACGGUGCUUUGUAGCUCGUUGCCAGAGCUUAAAGCUCUUUUACAUGGUUGAUGUCUGUGGAGCUUUUCAUUCAAAAAGAAGUCGGUUUCUAUAGUAGUCUGAGAAAAUCGACUCGACUUCUGACACGUCAGUAAACAUUUUCCUGAGGAGGUCAUGGUCUCAAUCUUCCGUUUAAGUCUUCUUCAAUACAUCAUGGUGUUCAUUUUGUGAAUUAUAGUCCCAUUUGAGUCCCAAAUGACGUGCAGUGGACAAGCUCCCAGUCAAGCAACUGAAGAAGAAGAAGCUGAAGAAGCCUCAUGAAUGAGAGCUGACACGUAUACAAGAAUCUACAACCAAGUCCAGGUUCUCCUGAUUCAACACCCUUUUUGAUCUUUUACACAUAGUCCAUCCUAUUCGAGGCCAAUGAACCUACACACACCAGCUGAUGAUGAGUUUGUUAAUUUCCCCUUAAAUUUGAUUUCAUAUUGGACAUUUAUCCCUCAUUCACUCCUAAAUAAAGAACUAUGGAAUAUCAGGUGUGGAAUUUCAAAGUAAAAGCCUGAAACUCCAAAUGUAUUCUCUUAAAAUAAGUGAGUUAGUAUGUUGUUGUUGAUGCUCUUGUUGAUGGUUGCUGUUGACAAUGCCAUCACAACUCAAGGUCCACCUAUGCCCUUGUUCUGAAUCUUUUGACUGUAUCACAUAGUCCUGAAGAAAUUGUAGAAGUUCACACUCCCCAUGAUAUUGAGGUAAUCACACACUAUUGUGGUCCUGUUUUGGACCUGUCCUGGAUAUUUGCUAUGGCAUAGUGGAACUGCGUUGGUCCUACACGAGGGCAGCCCUUGACUCCCUCUAUCUAAUAAAGGUCCCUGUGCUGCUGUCCAAUGUGACCUAGAAGACCCUCUCACCAGCUCCUCCUAUAAAGUGUACAGCUAUAAUCUGACUGCAAAGCUGGAUGUCUGGGAUGGAAAACAAAUAAAGGGGGAAUAGCUGCAGAAUGAAAACAUGGCCGCACCCCUUAUGGCACCCCCAGGACCUGACAGCUUCAAGAAAUUCACAGCAGAGUCGCUUGCUAACAUCGAGAAGCGCAUCAAUGAAGAGAAGAACAAGAAGCCGCCUAAGCCCAGAUCGGACAGUAGUCACCGCGACACAUCUGACGAAAAUGAGCCCAAGCCAAACAGUGACCUGGAGGCUGGGAGGGGCCUGCCCUUCAUCUACGGGGAUAUUCCUAAGGGCUUUGUGGCCACACCACUGGAGGAUUUGGACCCAUACUAUUUGAAUAAGAAAACAUUUAUAGUCCUAAACAAAGGGAAAACAAUCUUCCGCUUCAGUGCCACGCCCUCCUUGUACAUCAUAAGCCCUUUUAACCUAUUAAGGCGAAUAGCCAUUAAGAUUUUGAUACAUUCGUUAUUCAGCAUGAUCAUCAUGUGUACGAUUUUGACCAACUGUAUAUUCAUGACAUUUAGUGACCCCCCAGAGUGGUCUAAACAAGUAGAGUAUACCUUCACAGGUAUCUAUACGUUUGAGUCACUCACAAAAAUUGUGGCCCGAGGAUUCUGUAUAGAUGGUUUCACCUUUCUCAGAGACCCAUGGAACUGGCUGGAUUUCAUGGUCAUCUCAAUGGCAUAUAUAACAGAGUUUGUGGACCUUGGGAAUGUCUCGGCGCUGAGAACGUUCAGGGUUCUCCGAGCAUUGAAAACUAUUUCUGUCAUUCCAGGCCUGAAGACCAUUGUGGGUGCCUUGAUCCAGUCUGUGAAGAAGCUUUCGGAUGUGAUGAUCCUGACCGUCUUCUGUCUCAGCGUCUUUGCCCUGAUUGGACUUCAGCUCUUCAUGGGGAACCUGCGGAAUAAAUGUGUAAUCUGGCCAAUAAACAUGACUGAACAGGUCCUGCCAAAUGGCAGCAAGGGCUUGGACUGGGACACGUACAUCAUGAAUGAGAAAAAUUUCUACUUCAUCCCUGGUCAGCUUGAUGCUCUAAUAUGUGGAAACAGUUCUGACUCAGGACGAUGUCCAGAGGGAUUUAUGUGUAUGAAAGCUGGAAGGAACCCCAACUACGGUUACACCAGCUUUGACAGCUUUGGAUGGGCUUUCCUCACCCUCUUCCGCCUCAUGACCCAAGACUUCUGGGAAAAUCUUUACAUGCUGACUCUGCGAGCGGCAGGGAAGACCUACAUGAUCUUCUUCGUGCUUGUCAUCUUCGUCGGCUCCUUCUACCUGGUGAAUCUCAUCUUGGCUGUGGUGGCUAUGGCUUAUGAGGAGCAGAACCAGGCCACCAUUGAGGAGGCGGAGCAGAAAGAGGCCGAAUUCAAGGCCAUGCUGGAGCAGCUGAAGAGGCAGCAGGAGGAAACACAGGCUGCUGCCAUGGCAACAUCUGCAGGCACUGUGUCUGAGGCUGCGUUAGAGGAUGAAGGAGGGGGCCAGUUGUCCCGCAGCUCCUCUGAGGUUUCCAAGCUGAGCUCCAAGAGUGCCAAGGAACGUCGCAAUCGCAAAAAGAAAUGGCGUCAGAAAGAGCAAGAGAAAGAGAAGGGAGACAGCGAAAAGGUUGUGUCAGACGAUGGCAGCAAGAAAAGCACCAUUCGUUUCCCUGGAAGCCGGCUGGGGAGGAAGACAUCCAUCAUGAACCAGUCACUACUGAGCAUCCCGGGCUCACCCUUCAUGUCGCGCCACAACAGCCGCAGCAGCAUCUUCAGCUUCAAAGGCCGUUCCAAGGACAUGGGUUCAGAGAACGAGUUUGCAGACGACGAGCAUAGUACAGUAGAGGAGAGCGAAGACCGCCGGGGCUCCCUGUUUAUCCCUUACCGCCGCAACAGCUACAGUGGCUACAGCCAAGGCUCAUCACGCAUCCACCCGCUGGCACCCCACUCUGGAGGGAAGAGGAACAGCACAGUGGACUGCAAUGGCGUGGUGUCUCUCAUCGGCCCUGGGCCUGGCAGACGGCUUCUGCCUGAGGUGAAAAUAGAUAAGGCAGCCACUGAUGACAGUACUACAGACGUGGAGAUUAAGAAGAAGCACUCUGGCUCUCUUAUGGUGUCUGUGGAUCAGCUCAACUCCUCCUUCAAAGGAAAGGACCGGGCCAACAGUCAGAUGAGCGUAGUCACCAACACACUGAUUGACGAGUUGGAAGAGUCUCAGAGGAAGUGUCCUCCCUGUUGGUACAAGUUUGCCAACACCUUCCUCAUCUGGGAGUGCUUUCCCCAGUGGCUGAAGAUCAAGCACAUAGUCUACUUGAUCGUCAUGGACCCAUUUGUUGACCUGGCAAUCACCAUCUGUAUCGUCCUUAAUACUCUCUUCAUGGCCAUGGAGCACUACCCCAUGACGGAACAGUUUGAGGGGGUUCUGUCAGUUGGCAACCAGGUUUUCACAGCUAUCUUUGCUGGUGAGAUGUUCGCCAAGCUGGUUGCCAUGGAUCCCUACUACUACUUUCAGGAAGGCUGGAACUGCUUUGAUGGCUUCAUCGUGACUCUGAGUUUAGUUGAGCUGGGACUGGCAGAUGUGGAGGGUCUGUCAGUGCUCAGGUCUUUCCGACUGUUAAGAGUGUUCAAAUUGGCCAAAUCGUGGCCCACCCUCAACAUGCUGAUCAAGAUCAUUGGUAACUCAGUGGGAGCUCUGGGAAAUCUGACCCUGGUGCUGGCCAUCAUCGUCUUCAUCUUCGCUGUGGUGGGAAUGCAGCUGUUUGGCAAAAACUACAAGGACUGUGUGUGUAAGAUCGCGGUGAGCUGUAAGCUGCCUCGCUGGCACAUGCAUGACUUCUUCCACUCCUUCCUGAUUGUGUUCAGAGUGCUGUGUGGGGAGUGGAUUGAGACCAUGUGGGACUGUAUGGAGGUGGCGGGACAGACCAUGUGUCUCACUGUCUUCAUGAUGGUCAUGGUCAUCGGAAACCUUGUGGUGCUGAACCUGUUCCUGGCCUUGCUGCUGAGCUCAUUUAGCGCAGACAACCUUGCUGCCACAGAUGAUGAUGGGGAACCCAACAACCUCCAGCUUGCGGUUGCCCGCAUUAAGAUAGGGAUUGCCUGGUUCAAGGUCAACUUUCGGGUCUUUGUGGCUACAGUGCUCAAGAAGCCUGUAGAGGAUGAACAGAAGCCUCUGGAUGAAAUGUACGAAAAGAAGCUCAACUGCAUUGCAAACCACACAGUGGACAUCAACCGUGAACUGGACUAUGCUAAAAAUGGCAAUGGCACCACCAGCGGCAUUGGGAGCAGUGUGGGGAAGUAUAUGAUCGAUGAGGACUACAUGUCCUUCAUCCACAACCCCAACCUCACAGUCUGCGUUCCCAUCGCUGUUGGAGAGUCGGACUUUGAAAAUCUGAAUACAGAAGACUUCAGCAGUGAAUCGGAUGUGGAGAACAGCAAAGAUCUGGAUGACACCAGUUCGUCUGAGGGCAGCACAAUAGACAUCAAGCCUGAUGUGGAGGAGGUGGCGGUCGUGGAGGUAGUGGAGGAGUACCUUGACCCAGAAGCCUGCUGGACAGAUGAGUGUGUGGCCAAAUACAAGUGCUGUGAUGUUCCCAUCACUCAUGGCUGGGGGAAACACUGGUGGUUCCUGAGGAAGACCUGCUACCUGAUCGUAGAACACAACUGGUUUGAAACCCUCAUCAUCUUCAUGAUCCUGCUCAGCAGCGGUGCCCUGGCCUUUGAGGAUGUGUACAUUGAGCAGAGGAAGACGGUCAAGAUCAUUCUGGAGUAUGCUGACCGGGUGUUCACCUAUAUCUUCAUUCUGGAGAUGUUGCUCAAAUGGGUGGCCUAUGGCUUCGUCAAGUACUUCACUAAUGCCUGGUGCUGGUUAGACUUCUUCAUUGUGGAUGUGUCUAUAGUCAGCCUUAUAGCUAAUGCGCUGGGCUACUCCGAUCUAGGCCCGAUUAAAUCACUCAGGACACUGAGGGCCUUGAGACCCCUCAGGGCCCUGUCACGUUUUGAAGGCAUGAGGGUUGUGGUGAACGCAUUGGUGGGCGCAAUUCCCUCCAUCAUGAAUGUGCUGCUGGUGUGUCUCAUCUUCUGGCUCAUCUUCAGCAUCAUGGGUGUCAACCUGUUUGCUGGAAAGUAUUACUACUGUUUCAAUGACACGAAUGAGGCGUACUUCCUCCCUGAUAUCGUUAACAACAAAACGGAUUGUUUUGCACUCAUUAAUGCAAACAACACUGAAGUCCGAUGGAAAAACGUCAAGAUCAAUUUUGACAAUGUGGGGGCUGGAUACCUGGCACUGUUGCAAGUGGCAACAUUCAAAGGCUGGAUGGACAUUAUGUAUGCAGCAAUAGAUUCUCGAAGGGUGGAGGACCAACCCAUCUAUGAGUCCAACUUAUACAUGUACAUCUACUUUGUCAUCUUCAUCAUCUUCGGCUCGUUCUUCACCCUAAACCUCUUCAUUGGUGUGAUCAUUGACAACUUCAACCAGCAAAAGAAAAAGUUUGGAGGACAGGAUAUCUUCAUGACAGAAGAACAGAAGAAAUACUACAAUGCCAUGAAGAAACUAGGGUCAAAGAAACCACAAAAACCAAUACCCAGGCCUCAGAACUUCAUCCAGGGCAUGGUGUUUGACUUUGUGACGCAGCAGGUGUUUGACAUCUCCAUCAUGAUCCUCAUUUGCCUCAACAUGGUCACCAUGAUGGUGGAGACGGAUGAUCAGUCCGCAGAGACGGAGGUUGUACUUUACUGGGUCAACUUCAUCUUCAUUGUGGUCUUCACGGUCGAGUUUGUACUGAAGCUCUUUGCACUGCGUCACUACUACUUCACCAACGGCUGGAACGUCUUUGAUGUGGUUGUAGUCAUCCUUUCAAUUGUGGGAAUGUUCCUGGCUGACAUAAUUGAGAAGUACUUUGUGUCACCAACGCUCUUCAGGGUGAUUCGUCUGGCACGUAUUGGCAGAAUCCUGCGUCUCAUCAAGGGCGCCAAAGGAAUCAGAACUCUUCUGUUUGCCCUGAUGAUGUCCCUUCCUGCCUUGUUCAACAUUGGCCUGCUACUUUUCCUGGUUAUGUUCAUUUUCUCCAUCUUUGGCAUGUCCAACUUUGGCUAUGUAAAACACGGGGCUGGAAUUGAUGACAUGUACAACUUUGAGACCUUCGGCAACAGCAUGAUCAUCCUGUUUAUGAUCACCACGUCAGCUGGCUGGGACGGCCUGCUGCUGCCCAUUCUCAACUACCCUCCAGACUGUGACCCCUUAUUGGAGAAUCCUGGCACGCCCGCUACAGGAGACUGCGGCAACCCUUCUGUGGGCAUCUUCUUCUUUGUUAUGUACAUUAUCAUUUCUUUCCUAAUUGUAGUCAACAUGUACAUCGCCAUCAUCCUGGAGAACUUCAGUGUGGCCACAGAAGAGAGUGCCGAUCCACUUAGUGAGGACGACUUUGAGACCUUCUAUGAGAUUUGGGAGAAGUUUGACCCUGAUGCCUCCCAGUUCAUCACCUAUGCCAAGCUUUCUGACUUUGCCGAUGCACUUGAACACCCACUCCGAGUCCCCAAGCCCAAUACCAUUGAACUGAUUGCCAUGGACAUGCCAAUGGUGAGUGGCGACCGCAUCCACUGCCUGGACAUCCUGUUUGCCUUCACCAAGCGUGUGCUGGGUGACAGCGGCGAGCUGGAUAUGUUGAGGCAACAAAUGGAGGAGCGUUUUGUGGCAGCCAAUCCUUCCAAGGUCUCUUACGAGCCAAUCACCACCACUCUGAGGCGCAAGCAGGAGGAUGUGUCAGCCAGAAUCAUUCAGAGGGCCUACCGCUCCUACCUGGCAAGGCGGGGCUUCGUCUGUAAGCGCAAACCAGCCAAUAACAAAGUGGAGAACGGCGGGAACAAUCAGGAACAAGAAAAAAAGGAGAGCACUCCCUCAACUGCCUCCCUGCCCUCUUAUGACAGUGUAACCAAACCUGACAAGGAGAAACAGGAUGACAACAACGAUGGCAAGGGAGGGAGGAAAGAGAAAGGAAGAAACCAAAAAGACAUCAGGGAAUCUAAAUGUUAGAGUUGUUGGAUUAAUAAUCACAGUAAUAACAAUAAAAAUUCUAAUGUAACUUCAAGCAGAGGAAACUCACCCACACAGAUGUACAGAUUAUUUCAUUUGCAAGUCAGAAAAAAAAAUAAUAUUCAGUAAUUUUGUUUACAGACUUCAUUCUUAUAUUGAUGCAGAGGGAAGCCGCUUGGUCUGUUACUGCUUGAAGACUCUUGGAACUUCAGUCAAACCAAACAUAAUCAGCAUAAUGUGUGACAUUGUUGUAUCUAGACUACUGUUCUUAACAAAAAGGGAAUGAAAAUCAGACAUGGAAAUGUCUGUUGCUCACUUACCACAGGUCUACAGAUGGGACAAGUAACUCUAUGCCAGGAGGUUAGGGAAGAAUGGAAAAAAAACACUGGAUGCAAGUGAUGGAUUCCUAUGGAAGAUGGUGCUGUCAAGGAAAAACAAGGAUUCUGCUUGAUGCUGAAGGAUUGUCCUCUUGCAGCAGCCAACGAGUGGUUCUGUGUCAUUGACUAUGAAUUGUGUAGAGGAGAAAAUGACACACUCUCUCUAUAAGAGCAAACAGACACAUGACUGGUGAGUGAAAGACACAAAUGACGGAGCGUUGAAAGUACUUUUUUUGUUUUUAUUAAAGCUAGAAAUUGUUUAUUUGAGCAACAAAAAUGCAAACAAGAUUAAAAAAAAGAAAAAAAAGAUCAAUAUUCAACAUUUUGCCCAUGUCACUUAACUCUUGUACUCAUUUUGUCUUUGUUAUACCCACAUCAACAAGGCUUUUUUUUACAUGGGCUUUCACGCCAAUUGGUUAAGGGUCUGUUUAUUGUGGGGUCAACUCGGGCCAAGGGCUUACAUUUACUCAGAAAGAUUUCCAAACAAAUACAUAAAUAAUUGUGCUUGUUCAAUGCAUAGAAAUGACUUGCAUGAUGGCAUGUUUUGAUCAGAAAUCUUGCAUGAAUUAUCAUAGUCCACAAGACACUAAUACUCAGACCACACCGGUGGCUCGACUGUAAGAUCGAGACAUUGUCAAAAUUUGAAAGUUCAGAGUUACGAGUAAUUUGUUUAACAAAGAUAAGUGGUACGGGGGUUGAUCAUCUAAAAUGGAUCCGCAUUUUUAUCUCAUUACGCAACACAUUUCAAAUGACUACAUUUAAAUUGUUGCCUCUAUAGUCAGAAGAAUGGCAUAUGUAUAGGAUCAUAUGAUCCAUAUGAUCACAUAUAUGAUGGGUGAAAUCCAAACGAUUAUUUGCUGCUCUGGAAAUGUUGAGUGUGUAAGAUGUAGAAAUGUCUGUGUAUCAAGGGGUUGAAAUGUUUGUUAAUUUGGACGCUUUCAAGGGUGCGACGCUUUGAAACUAUAAAGCAUAUAUUUAUCAUUUGUAUGCACCUAUAUAAUGUUCCAUACCAUCUGCCUUCAGUUUUGUGAGAGCGGGCAUUGUAGGAGUCCCACUGUAGGUUAUGAGUGGUUUUUGGGGAUUUCACAGAUAUGGCAAACUCCUUUGUAUUUCUGAUAUUUCUCUAUGGCUGAUUAUUGUUCAGUUUAUAUAAUUUGAUGCCAUGUAUUUACAUGAGUGUUUAUUUUGUUUUUUUCCCCCCUGAUGUAAAUGUCAUGUUUUGAUGGGAGAUGAGUCUUAUUUCACACCGUUUUAAAAGUCCCAUGUCGAGAUGAUGUUGAAGGAAAUGGUAUUGUGCUGGAACAUAUUUGUCGGGUGUUUCCUAUUUCAACAGAGGAGCAGAAAUUUAUGAUUGGGUAAUGAUAACAUUGUGUGUGGAGAAGCCAAAGAGAUCUGCCUUGUUAUCCCUCGUUGCACUUCAUCAAUGGAGUGGGACUGGGUGAAGUGUGCCCUGCCCAUUCUGUUUAUUUCACUGUCAUUAUUAGACAGAGAGACCCUAGAAAUGUAUGCAAUGCUUGAAAAAUUCAUCUGUUUUCUCAGGAGAUAAUAUAGAUGUACUAUUGUAAGCUCUGCAACAAAAUGCAAGUGAAUGUGAUGGGAGUACAUAUGAUAUCAUGUUUUACUCUUUUGUUUUUUUAUGCCAUGUGGAUGGACAAUGAUCUCGGCGGGCUGCCUUGUUCCGGCAGUGGCCCGGUCAGGGGCCAGUUAAGCGCUUCCUUCUUAUGAUGCCUAGAAUUAUAAGGCUAGAAGCAUCUCAGUGAAACAGCAAAAUAUCAGCCCGCUUGUAAUGGUGGUGUUUAUAUUGUUAGAGGAUUACAUUUGUGGUUAGAUCACUAUUGACUGUAGUCUGGUCUCAAUUAAUGUCAGUAAACUAAAUAAUAAUUAUAAUAGAGUUCACCCCAAUAACAAUCACAGAUACAGGAAACACUGAGGAGAUGUCAUGAGAGCGAGUCGGGAUAUGUUGGUUUGAGCAGCACACUUGAUUCUUUCAGAAGCAGAUGUGGCAUGCUCAGUGCAUUGGCCCCACAUUUUAGUAUUUAACAACUACAAGUGCUCUGAGCCUGUCAUUUUUAAUUUUUCUUCAUAUCGCUCUACUGCAUAACAAAUACCAAAUAACCAACAGAGCACUGGAUGCUUUCUUAUGGUACUGUGAGCCUAAGCACCACACCAGAGCUAUUGCACUUUCUGUUGUGCAGUGAUGUCACUUCCUGUUUAUGAAUAACUCCCUCAUCCGUUCUCGAGUUUUACGGUCCAGCUACUGCAUGAGAUCUCCAAAAUCAGUGUGGGUGUUAACUUGAACCAAAUAAAACUCUGAAUGAUGAGCAUAAGAGCUACUGCCGUCCAUUUUCUCCAAGAUUACAUGGAUAUUCAGUUGCGUAUUACGGAAAGAAGCCUAAAAUAUAGAAACACAUACAUUUGGGGGAAAAAUAAAUACAUUUUGGGGAUAUGUUCUAUACGGCACAAAAUGCAAACGCUAAGAAUGGACUUUUUAGGUAACUAUAAAUAAUGUAAUAUAUUGUUUUAUUUUAACGGCAUGUGUAGUUUUUUUGUAAAUAAAGGAUUACUUAAAAAACUACAGCUAUUAAUCUAACACUAAAUAUUAAUAACCAUUAACAGAAUGGCUUCCAGCUGACACCCCUUGUCACAUUUGUUAGGCUGUGACACUUUUGUUAGAUGAGUAGAUUUUUUUUUCUUUUUGUCACUUUUCACAAAAAAGAGGGAAGUAAGCUCAAAGAAUCUGUAAAAAUGCAGAAAUGUACUUAAAACUGUAUAAAUCAAUACGUACAUAUACAGAGCGAUUGGUCAUUGUUCAAAUUAUAUAUGUAUAUAUGUAUAUAUAAUUAGAACAAUGUCUAUAACUAAUAUCUCUUGUCCAAUCCUUGCAUUGAGGGAAAACCAGAACCACAGAGUUUAAUGGAUCAUGCUUUUUUCUUUGUGUGGUAUGUUCAGAGAAUAACCAAAACUCUGGUCUGCCCAGGAUUUCUGCAUACCGGGUACCAGCGUACAAUGCAUGGUGUUGUACUGGCUGCUUCUGAGAAUUGUGGAGCCUGCUUUGGUGAGAGGAUUGCACUACCAGCAUACCCUUUUGUACAUGUGUGAAGAUGUCUUGCUCCUUGUUUCCUAUAAUGUACACAGAGAUCUAUAAAUACAGACACGCACGCGCGCGCACACACACACACACACACUGACACACACCUCACACAGCAUUUUGCAGGCAACAGCUGGUCAACCAGUGUGCCCCAGUAUGAGCCACAGCUCACUCUGUGACAAGAUGUUUGCUCGUUUCAGCUCUAACCCUGCUCCAUGUUUUCCACUUUACACACUGCUGCAGUUUCGGAGUUGUUCUUUACUUUUGCCGUCACUUCCAAUAAGGGUUAGUUGUCUUAACUGUCUGUGUGUUUGUUUAUGGUGCAAUAUCUCUUAACGGCACGUGCCUUUUUAGCUUCCUAUUUAGUCUGUCAAUAAAAUCAGCAACGAGGAUCUCGAAACCCAUGGGAGUGAAUCAAAACGGAGCACGAAAGAAACGCUGUAUUGAGUUCAAAAUUCACUUGUAAACUGAAAACUCACCACCUAGAUUAGACUGUCUGGACUAACAUUUUGUAGAGUCAUGUAGUGCAAGUGCUCUCUCUCUCUCUCUGUGUUCUGUUUACUGGCUCUCGGGCCUGUAAGAGAACAGCUUGCCUUCUGUUUUACACAUGUUCAUUUCCAAAUGUUGGUUUUAACAAUCGGUAUAUGAGGCCAUUCUUUUGUAGCAUGACUGAGAUAAAUUUCUUUUCUUUGCUGAAAAUAGGCAAAAUAAAAAAAUGAAAUAAAAAAAAACAUCCUUUUGACUGUCAUUAUCUCUUGCCGCUAAUACAGUCAGAGAGAGAACGUGUGUGCACAACCACAUGUGACAAUUAAAUGAGAAUCAGUGAAAGAAUGUCUUCAUUUGAGCACGAAUCUAUUUCCAAACAAUAAAGCAGCCUUCCAGUUA